GUCUCAGCAGUCUGGCAGAAGGCGGGGCCUGGACUCCUGGCAGGCUAGGAGCAGAGGCUGAGCGGGUCAGGUGAUUCCUGGAGCUUCAAGAUAAGGUCUCUUACAACUUUUGUCUUCCAACUUUCUCUGCUCUGGCUUCAUAGUUUCUGCCCUUUGCCAAGAACAACAGAAAAUGAACAAGUUCAAGGGACCAGUGACACUAAAGGACGUUACAGUGGAAUUCACCAAGGAGGAAUGGAAAUUACUGACCCCUGCUCAGAAGACUCUAUAUAAGGAUGUGAUGCUGGAAAACUAUGGUCACCUGGUCUCAAUAGGUUAUCGUGCAAAUAAGUCAAAUGCAUUUUUAAAGUUGAAGCAAGGAAAAGAGCCAUGGAUAUUAGAACUAGAAUUUCCACGUCGAAACUUGCCUGAAGACCUACGUAAUGUUCCUGCCCAAGGAGCAAGAAAUCAGGAAAGCCAAGCUGGAAAUUCAAAGAAUGGAGAACUCACAAAACAUCAGAAAACUCAUACUGGAGAGAAAGGCUAUGAAUGUAAGCAGUGUGGAAAGUUCUUCGGCCAGAAGUCUGCCCUCAUAGUACAUCAGCAUACUCAUUCAAAGAACAAAUCCUAUGACUGUGAUAAAUGUGAAAAAUCUUUCUCUAAAAAUGAAGACCUCACAAAACAUCAGAAAAUUCACACCAGAGAGAAAACCUAUGAGUGUAAAGAAUGUAAUAAAAUUUUCUACCACCUGUCAUCUCUUAGUAGACAUCUGAGAACCCAUGCAGGGGAGAAACCCUAUGAAUGUAAUCAAUGUGAGAAAUCCUUCUACCAGAAGCCACAUCUUGUUGAACAUCAGAAAACACAUACAGGAGAGAAACCCUUUGAAUGCACUGAAUGUGGGAAGUUCUUCUAUGUGAAGGCAUACCUCAUGGUACAUCAGAAAACACACACGGGUGAGAAACCCUUUGAGUGUAAUGAAUGUGGGAAAGCUUUUUCCCAGAAGUCACACCUUACAGUACAUCAGAGAACACACACAGGUGAGAAACCCUAUAAGUGUAAGGAAUGUGGGAAAUUCUUCUCUAGGAAUUCACAUCUCAAAACCCAUCAGAGAACUCACACAGGAGAGAAACCCUAUGAAUGUAAGGAAUGUGGAAAAUGCUUUUACCAGAAGUCAGCUCUCACAGUACAUCAGCGAACUCACACAGGAGAGAAACCCUUUGAGUGUAAUAAAUGUGGGAAAAACUUUUACUAUAAAUCAGACCUCACUAAACAUCAGAGAAAACACACAGGGGAGAAGCCCUAUGAAUGUACAGAAUGUGGUAAAUCUUUCUCUGUGAAUUCAGUCCUCAGAUUACAUCAAAGGACCCACACAGGAGAGAAACCUUACAAAUGCAAGGAAUGUGGGAAAUCCUUUUCUCAGAAGUCACAUUUUAUCAUACAUCAGAGAAAACACACAGGGGAGAAACCCUAUGAGUGUCAGGAGUGUGGGGAAACCUUUAUUCAAAAGUCACAACUCAAUGCACAUCAGAAGACACACACAAAGAAGGGAAAAACUGAUAAAUAGUGUAAGCUGAGAAAUCCUGCUGUGUGAAUUGCAUCCUUCAGAAUAAUCAGAGAAUUCAUAUGAGGGAAACUUUAUGAAUUUCAAUGAGUGACAUUCAUAAGGUUCAUUUAUAAUGAUACUGAAGUGUGAAUUCCUAGAGAUAAUCAUCGCUAUGGUUAACUCUUUAGCCAUAAUCUUUCCUCACAGUGUAUCCAUGUAACAAAUCCAUGGAAAUUCUGUACAUUUACAGAGAAAUUUUUACCAUAUGGUGGACUUUACUAAAUACCAGAUAGCAUAGGUGGCUGAAAUUAUACAAAUUGUAAAACAUGAGGGGAACUUUUCUUUUAGAAGUCAUACUUACAGUUUUAUAACAUAGAAAUUACACAGGAGAGAAAUCCUGCAAGUAAAAUGAAUGUCAAGAAAUUUCUGUCAGGGUAGUUAGCAGUAGACAUUCAGAAGGUCACAUGAGUG